UUCCUGUCAUCACCGACGGCAGUUUCGGGAACCGAUUGUGUUAGAGGAAGUACAACCAAGCUUAGUGGUUAUCUGUUCUGAUUCCUACGCAGCAUUAUCGAGUAUUACAAGUGGACUAAAAUCAUCAAGACAAGGCAUUAUAUAUGAGAUACUUGCAAGUUUAUUAAGAAUCAGCAAAGUAAGCUUGAUAACAUUUUUGUGGGUUCCUGCUCAUGUGGAGUGGAGGCAAAUGAAGUGGUAGAUAAACUAGCCAAGGAAGCUCUUAAACACUCGGAAAUAGAUAUCCACGUGUCUCUAAGCAAAAAUGAAGUUAAAGGGAAAAUUUAAAGAAUUCAUAAAUAAGAAAAGAGUUUGUAAAGUUACAGAAGACGAACUAUCAUAAAGUUUAUUGAGUGUACAAACGUCGCGGAACGGUUUACAACGCCAAUAGUCAUAUACAGUGAGUGCGAGACGGAGAAACUGUGAUGAGAGACCAGAAGCCGCGGUAAAGAUCGACUUCUGCAGAAAAAUGGAUUGUGCUUAUGAAAAUUAAUUAGUUCCUUAAGGACUACGUUUUAAUCAGGAUCAUCUACAGAAAUAUGUGAACAUCUGCAGACAUUGAGGGCAUCAUGACCUGCUUUUCUGAACUGGGUAUUCUGUGCAUCACUACUUUUUUGAGUCUCCUGUCUGCAGCUGAUAUCCCUGUGUCUGGUCAUGUGGGUUCUACAGCUGUCCUGCCGUGUGAACUGCAGACUGUAGACACUGAAACACCGUAUAUUAGGUGGACCAUCGAUACUGAGACUGUGUUUGAGCGACGGGGUAAGGAGACAUAUGAGGGUGAGGGAUAUGAGGGCCGUGUGGACGUUCCUGAGGAAGAGCUGAGGAAAGGGAACUGUUCCUUGGUGUUAAAACACCUGAAACUUACUGAUACAGCUGACUACAUGAGCUACGAGAUGAGAGGCACUAGGAGAUCUAACAGGUUAAAGAGAUCUAACGGGUUAAAGAGAUCUAACAGGUUAAAGAGAUCUGAAACACCAAAAAUAAAGCUGAUCAGCUGUGUUCAUCUCUCAGUCAAUGAGCUCCCUCCUAAAGAAGACAGAAGUAUUACUCCAGUUCCUUCAGCUGAUACAGGAAUGAAGUGUCCUCACCUACUGGUCAUGGUCUUGUCCUUCAUCUGUUUACUCAUCCAGAAUGCAGCAUUUCAGAUGUUCUACAGCAGGGGGUGUCAAAGGGGUGGCCCGCGAGAUCAUAUCAAAUGUGCAUUACAGCUGGCUAGCCACAUGCUCCGCUAAUACUACAAAUCCCAGAAUGCCUUGCCACUGUAUUGACGCGUAGUCACGAACAGCAAGCACCCCUCAUU